AGCCGAUCAGGCCACAUUUCUUUUGAGUGUUGAUACUACGAAGAGAAGAACCUGUCAAAAUGAGUGGACGCGGAAAGACUGGAGGCAAAGCCAGAGCUAAGGCCAAGACUCGCUCAUCCCGUGCCGGGCUUCAGUUCCCCGUGGGUCGUGUCCACAGACUGCUGCGCAAAGGCAACUAUGCGGAGCGUGUGGGAGCUGGCGCCCCCGUUUACCUGGCAGCUGUGCUCGAGUACCUGACCGCUGAGAUCUUGGAGCUGGCUGGCAACGCGGCCCGCGACAACAAGAAGACUCGUAUCAUCCCACGUCACCUGCAGCUGGCUGUGCGCAACGACGAGGAGCUCAACAAACUCCUGGGGGGAGUCACCAUCGCUCAAGGUGGCGUGCUGCCCAACAUCCAGGCUGUGCUGCUGCCCAAGAAGACCGAGAAGCCCGCCAAGGCCAAGUAAAUGCAAAGCGUUCAGCUUCACCAAAAAACGGCUCUUUUAAGAGCCACACACACCUAUCUGAGCAAACCUCCUUCUUGCUGUUACUGUCUGUAACUGGGAUAUGUAGAUUAUGCAUCUUGAUUUAUUUUGAAAUGUACGUUCAUUCAUAUCACCUUACAUGGUCAGGGACUGAAAUCCACCUUCAAAAUAUACUAUCAUGAGUGCUUAAGCAGUGUUUGUUUUAUUCACAAGAAUAGAGGGUCUUAGUAUAAAGUCAAAAUUAAAAAAAGUC